UCUGAUUGUUUGUGUUCGUGCAGAGAUGCUGCUCCUUCAGCAGUAGGUGCUCUUUUACGCAUGAAAUGUGGUUCCAGUCUACUUUCCCUGAUUGUGACAUCACAAAUUGGGACUUUUUUAAAUGGCUUGUUUUAGGCAUGUAAUUCCUAAAGCCAAACGCUGACAGAAAAUUGAUGGAUGGGAUUACUUCAGACUUUGAGACAGUAGAGACCCACAUGGCAGUAGAAAAGGAUGCAAAUGCACCUGGUGGACCAGAUCAGAAGAUUCUAGAUUCUGAGGAACAAGUGGUGGAGUGACAACAUGGACCAGGCAAGCACACCCCCCAAUUACAACGCUGGAAUGAAGCUGGGAUGCUUCGCCUUCCAAAGCGUUGGUCUUUUUCCUCCGCUAAGAGGAUCGGAAAGAAUCCUUUUGCAGGGUUGCAUCAUGGAAGCCAGCAGUCAGCAGAUUCUCUGGAAGGAUGUUGAGGCUAGAAAAGAGAAGAAGAUGAAGCAUCACCCCUACCAGUGGGUGGCUGUCAUCCUGGCUCUGGUGUUCCUGGUUUUGGCUGUCUGUGUUUUCAGUCUGAGAUAUAUGCGGGGCCCCAGUCUGAGGAAGGUUUAUGAUCAAUCCUACAAAGCCGUGUUGAACGGUGUGGAGACGGAGAGCGUGAUGGAGAUUGACCCUAAUGAACGCAUUGAGAUCUUCAGAAUGGGAAACGGGAGUCAGGAAGUCCUCGAGGUUCACGACUUUAAGAACGGGAUCACUGGUAUCCGGUUUGCUGAACAUCAGAGGUGCUACAUCAGGACCCAAACGAAGAAGCUGCCUUCGGUGGCAGAGGUGGAGACAGAGAACGAAGAGUUGCUGGUUCCUGAGUCUGAGGCUGUGAAGGUGGAGGACUCCCGGGUGUGGGUUCCUGCUGAGGAACCCAUCGUUAACCCAGACUUCCUGCUUGACUCCAAGAUCUGGGAGAUUUGCCAGCAGCUGCCUAUCCACUGGAUUCAUCCCUCCCCCAUGACCGAUGCUGAGGAUCAGGAUGAGGACACGCCCGAUGUAGAGGUCGCGGGUCAGCGUUUUGCCCGCAACGUCCUGGACCGCUCUCCAGUAAAUGACUAUAGGGAUGUUGGAAUCGAGCUGGAUCACCGCCUGGAUGACCGCGGCUUCUGCUGUCAGCACUGUCGCCGUGGUUACCGCUACUGUCAACGCUACCACGAGCCCCUGGGUGGAUUCAACCCAUGGCCAUACUACUACCAAGGAGGCCGGGUCAUCUGUCAGAUCGUGAUGCCAUGCAACUGGUGGAUCGCUCGUAUGCUGGGGAGGAUCUGAUGUUUGUGUCGUCUCUGAUGAAUAUUCCAGAAUACCCCCUUUUGAGACCAAAGCAGGGACAUGUACUUUGAUUUUUUUCUUUUUACCAUCAAAAACAAAUCAACCAAACAAGGCAUUUGAAAUGUAAUGAUGCUUUCCUGAAAGGUACAUAUACACUAGAGCAGUGGUUCUCAGUCCUGGUUCUGGAGGACCGGUACCCAGCAUGUUUUAGUCUUAACCCUGCCUCAACACACCUGAUUUCAAUCAGCAGGUGAUUACCAGGCUUCUGCAGAGCCUGAUGAGCUGCUGCAGGUGAUUCAACCACUGAAUCAAGCGUUGCUGCAGGGAAACAAGUAAAAUGUGCUGGAUAGCGGCCCUCCAGGGCCCCUGCAUUUUAGUUCAAUGUAUGUAAUAAUAAUCAAAGUGUAUUGGGUAUUUUAGCCGCUUCUUUGGCUUGCUUCAAUUUUUAUCUUACAAGAUUUAAAGCUAAUAUUGUAUUAACAUGUACAUGCCAUGUAUUUUUUCUUAAAUGUGCUAUAAGGCGUUUUCAGUUUCCAACAGAGCAUAACCUGAUCUAUGUUUACUGGCCUUUUCAGACAGCAAAACAUUGUUUGUUGUUAGUUAAAGUCUAAACAUGCAACAUGGUUUCAUGAGGAGAAAUCAAACCUGCCACUCCAUCGAAUCCCAAAGAGCAAUCCAGAAUGGAGAUCUAAUUGGAUAUCUGUCACUGAAAGGAGGGCUGCAGGGUUAUAACUGUUGAUUUACCUUAUGUAGAGAGUCGUAGCUGAGGUCCAAGGAGGUGAAGAUGUUCAUUUGUGGAGUUUCCAUGAUGUGCAGCCAAAUCAUUGAAGAACUUUACAUUCCUCACCCAACACCAUAAUUAAAUUUCUAUAUUUUUAGAAGUUCCCCUCAAGAAUAGUUGCUACAUGCUUACAGAAGAACGACAACAUGACCAAUUAUCACAUAAUAUUUAGCAAACCUCGACUGCAAACUGCCGUUCAAGAUGGGGGCAAAACAAAUAUCUCUGAGUAGGGCCUUUGGAAUCAGACGUUCAACCAAGAUAUUGUAAACGUAGUCCGCCAGAAGCAGGAAUUGAUGUAGGUGGUGAGGCAACAAGUCAGUCUUAUAUGCUACCUGAAAAUGUCUUUAAGUUCUGUUUAAAUGGUAAAUUUGUAUAGUGCUUUGUUGGGGUUCUAGAACCCCCCCCCCCCCCAAGCACUUCACAACACAUUCAGCCAUCCACCCAUGCACACACACAUUCACACGCUGGUGAUGAUGAGCUACAAUGCAGCCACAGCUGCCCUGGGACGCACUGACCGAGGUGAAGUUGCCAAACACUCCGACCACCACCAGCAGGCAAGGUGGGUUAAGUCUCUUGCCCAAAGACACAACAGCAACGUUCUCUGGUGAGAGCUGGGAUCGAACCUACAACCGUCCGAUUACUGGACAACCCGCUCUGCCUCCUGAGCUAUGGCUGCCCAAAGGCCCCUAUGGCAGCAUUGGGAUACUUUCAGCCCAGGAGCUUGCACAGUUAUGAAAAAUGUAGAUGUAAAAUCAGGACUCUUUCAUGAGAUCAACAACAGACCACCCUUAUAAAAUGAUCCAGUCGAAACUUAUAAAGCUUGCAAAGUUGUUGGAGAUUUGUUGGGCUGCAUCACUCUCAAAGGAUUUUUUUCUCCAACCAUCAACAUGGAUCAAACGAUUUUAACACAACCCUGUCCGCGAGCGACACCUUCUUAUCAGAGUCUAACUUCUGUUAUAAAGUAAUAUUGUUUUUCUUGCAUUUAUCCCGCUAAAACGUUUCAAAGCUCGUAAACAGAAUUGUAGGCAGUUGUUUUACUGGGCUGCAUGAGAUUGCAUUGCAUGAAAUAUUCCCAGUAAAAUGUUCUGUUGUUACUUGUUUUCUUUGGUGUGUUUUUUUUUCUCUGUUUACUAAAUUAGAAAGUUUUUGGAAUACACCAAAAGCAAAAACUUCAAAUGGCAAAAACAUUCACAGGAGAAAGAAUCAACAGGAAGAGAAAUUUCAGAAUCCAAGAGACAAAAAAAGAUGCUCUAGGAAAAGGUUCCCAAACAAGUUAGUUCUUUUUUAACACUGAGAUAACACGUAAGACGAAUCAGCUAAAAAAUUCUUUAAAUGACAUAUUAAACGCAUGGAGUCAUGAACUACGGAAACUGAACAUGCUGACGCCUCAGCCUCUCCGACUUUGACUUCAUGUUUUUGUGUCAACUCCUGGUUUCUGUUGCCGUGUCGUUAAACUCACAUACUGUAAUUAAAGAUGCACCAACGUCAGCUGUCUUUUGUGAUGCACUGACUGAUGUGUUAUCCUCCUUUGUUUUCACGACUGCAGCAAAACGCUUAAAAUAGUGCUCCUGUUAAAACGUUCCUCCUCUCUGCUGAGGCGAUUCUAAUCUGCAACAAUGCAUCUCGACGUGUUGAGCUGAAAUGACUCAUCUGCAAAUAACAGAUAAGCAAGUGAGAUAUGCAUUUGUAAUUGAUGUUCUGUCAUCACAAUAACAAGGUGCAUAAGCACCCAAGAGAAUGGAAGCUUGGGGGGGUGGAGCUUUGAAGUCUUCUGUAUGUCUCUAUUGCUUUUCUUGUUUCUCCAAUUAAAAUUUCAUUGUAUGAAUAAUCUCA